UCUGCAGUUUUUGCUGACAUUAAGUUUAUGUUCUCUCUCUGUUUCUUCUCUUCAUAGCAGCUACACCUGGGCUCAUUUCUGUUUAGCUGUGACCCCUUCCUGGAGGGAAGCUGAGCUACUGCUGCCAACAACAUCAGGUUCCCCUUCAGUGGAUCACACACCUGGAUCCACUCCGGCCACAUGCAGAACAAAGACUGAACUAAACACAGGAACAACAGAGACUGGUGAAACCCCUGAAUCCCAGUAGGCCCAGUAUGAACCCAUCUUCAUGAUGAGCUGCUAGGAAGGAGGCGUUGUCUCUGAAAGCAGCCAAAGACCUGAACUGUGACGUUCAGGAAGUAGCAGAUAAAAAAGCUUAAAGUAGGAAGUGUUCAGAGUUUGGAGCCACAUCCUGAUCACAUCAAGAGACGAAGCUUCACUCCACAUCCAGAGGAAACAUGGACCAAACAGCUCUGAUGCUGCUUCUGUGUCUCUGCAGCUCAGCGCUGUCUGAUGAACUCAGACUGGUAGCAGGAAGGAGUCGCUGUGGUGGCAGACUGGAGAAGAAGAAUCGGGGCGACUGGAGACCAGUGAUUGAUUGGAACUGGGACUUUACAUCAGCAGCUGGAGCUUGCAGACAGCUCCACUGUGGAUCUGUGGUGUCGUUACAAAGAGAUAAGAGCUACAAUGUAGAGAUCGUCUGUUCAGACUCAGUCAGGCUGGUUCAAGGGACCAACCGGUGCUCAGGCAGACUGGAGGUGAAGACCAACCAGUCGUGGUCCUCAGUGUGUGAAAAAGACUUUGACCUGCAGGAUGCAGAGGUGGUCUGCAGGGAGAUUAGCUGUGGGCCUCAUUCAGUCCACCAGGGGGCGCUCUAUGGAGAAGCAGAGGCUCCAGUGGGGAGCAGAGAGUUCCUGUGUGAAGGCAGUGAGUCUGCUCUGCUGAACUGCAGCAGCAGGAAGAGUUCAGGUAGAAACAGCUGCUCACCUGGUCAAGCUGUUGGACUCACCUGUUCAGACAACAUCAGGUUGGUGGGAGAGGCCAGCCGAUGUGCCGGGAGACUGGAGAUGUUACAUCAAGAAGAGUGGAGACCAGUGAAUGUUUGGCUUCAUUACUGGACCAUGAACUUAGCUGCUGCAGUUUGUGCUGAACUGGACUGUGGUUCUGCUGUUUCAGCAAGAAAUUCAGAGGAAACUUCAAAGAGACCAGUUUGGGGGAUCAGUUCUGGCUGUUUCCAGUCAGGAUCUGCAUUAAAGAACUGUUUACCUCAUGGUGUAAGCAGUGAUCAGAGCCAUGAGAUCAUCUGCUCAGGUCUGCUGGUUGAGCCGCUCAUCUUCCUCUCUUCCUCCACUGACGGGGUCUCCACAGGCAGAAAGCAGGGGUCUGAGCUCCUCAUUGGCUCACAUUUCAGCAUCAUCUGCUCCAUCAGACCUCAGUAUGAAGGCGGCUCCUUCCAGCUCAUCUUCAGCACCUCUAACUACACUCAGAACCAGACCCUGCCAGCUGUUAAUCACUCCGCCCUCUUCCUGUUCUCUGCUGCUGGCCACGCCCACCAAGGAACCUACCGCUGCGUUUACCACGUCUACGUUUUCUCCUAUAACUUCUCCUCUAUCAGCCAGCCUCUCAACCUCACUGUCUCAGUUUCAGCCUCUCCCACUGCUUUGAUCAUCAGACUGGUUGUCGUCCUGCUGGGUAUGCUGGGAUCAGUCCUGCUCCUCUACUUUAAGGCCAGGAGAAACCAGAAGUCUGGACCAGAAAACAACCAUCAUGAUGAAGGAUCCAGAGCUGAAGGCAGCUUAGAGGAGGAGACUGCAGUCUGAAGGAACCAGGAGAAAAUGAUCUUCAUUUCACAUCCGCAGGAAGGAGCAGAGACAUGUUUCAGACUCCUGGAAAUCUAUCCGUCUAUGUAUCUAUGAUAAAAUGUCUCUGUGCUCCUGCAGCAGGAAGGAAGUUCAACAUUCAGAAAUUUGUAUCUGGACUAAACCUACUGAAGUUAAACUUAUUUAAGAAGGGAAAACAAAACAAAACAUUCAAUAAACAAAAUAUAACAGAAAACCCACUUCAUCAAAAUGUGAUCUUCAUCAACCUUGCAAGGAUAGCAUAUGAUACGAUAUUUGGGGUCAAAGGUCAGGUAGCCAAUUUAUCAGACGAUGUGGACAAACUGCCUCUGAUCUCCUACUACGAUAAAGUUAACUAUGUAGUCAACACAAAGAGUGCAUACGCCGUAAACGAGCUUCACUGCCUGAAAUUCAUGGACGCAUAUAAUUAGUAUUUCAACAGCUUUUUAAAGGAGAGAAAAUCUCUCUGUGUGAAUAAUGAGGUUCUGGUGACUGGCAGACCAAGUACAUGUAGCAACAAACAUGUAGGCUACAUGUCUGCUUAGCUUGCAGAUGGGAUGGAACAUUUUAUAGUUACUAUGAUUAUGAGUGAAUUAAUGCAUAACAGUGUUAUGAUUCUUGUGUAAAGCAUGUGCUCAUGGGAAAGUCUUCUGAAGCUGUUUCUCUGAACUCUGUAUUAUUAUAAAGUUGUAGAAUAUUUUCUUCUUUGCAUUCUUAUUACAUCCUUAAAUGUUUAAUAUGCUUUAUGAAAGAAAAUGCAUAUGCUUGCAGUCAGUUUUGUAGCUAAGUAGAUUGUUAAACUGUGUGAAUUUAAUGAAACCUUUCCUAUAAAACAAUAUGCUGUGUUUUGCUCGAGGCUCUUUCUCCUGACUGUGUUCAGUGAGCAGAGACUCCAAAUGCUGUAAAGCCUUCAAAUAAAUAUUGAC